CUUCUUGAACUCUUUUCCGUACACUUAUUCUUCUAAAUGUCUGAUUCUAAUUCCCCACCUAAGCUCGAUAGUCUUUUGGCGAACCAUGCUACUCCUAGUGUAGCAGAAACCACACCUGUCACUCCUGCUGUAUCGGAUGCCACCCCUAUUCCUGCAACAGCACCUAUUACAACAACAACAGCUGUUACAGAACCCACCACAGCUAUCGUAUCACCCUUGAGAGAAGACUUAAUCAAGUCUGCUGUCUCAUUCUUGAGCUCUCCUAACGUUAGAUCCGCCGACAAAGGAAAAAAGAUUGCAUUCUUACAAAAGAAGGGAUUGAACCAAGCUGAAAUUGAUGAAGCAUUUAAAAGAUCAGGUGGCGAUGACGCUUCUUCAACUGCUGUCUCAACUAGUACUCCUUCCUCCAACAGUACAGCUACAAAUAGCUAUACACCACCACUGGCACCUGUCUUACCUGCUAGAAAUGCUAAUUAUGGACCACCACAAAUUGUAUAUUAUCCUCAGCCAGCAAGCCCACCUAUUCCAGCAGAAAAGGUAUUUGCUAUGGCUGUCAUAUUAGGCAUGGGAGCCGUUGGAUUAACAGCCGGUGCCGUGGGUCUUUUAAAACAAUUCAUCGCACCCCUCUUAAAUCGUAUUGCAGAAUAUCAACGUACCAGAUACAAUCAACGUAAAGAAAUUGCCGACAAAUUACAAAAGUCUUUAAAAAGCUUUCGUUUGGAGAAUGACGAUUUGGAUGCUGUGAUUGAUCAAGGCGAUGAAAAUACAGUGAUGGAUGCACUUGCCUCACGACAGACUGAAUUAUCCAACAAAAUCGAUACGCUCAUCAUUUCUUCCCGUCAACGUAUAACGGAUACUUUAAAACAAAAGACAUACAGUGAUUUCAGAUCAGAUUUAACAAGUUUCAAAAAUGUUGUUCAAGGAACGAGUCCAUAUAGCUCUUAUGCCUCCUAUGCACCUGGAAGUUCUUACAACCGUAAUAACAGUGAUUCUGCUGCUGUAGCUGGAUUAAAGAGCGACAUUCGCAGUUUAAAGGCGGUUUUGUUAAAUAGAAGAAACUUUCCCCAAGUUGCUUAAUUUUUUUAUGUGCAAAAUAAAUGGAUUGUUUUAUUAAUUAAAUUAAGAUAAAGCAACAUGUAUGUUAUGCGUCAGUGAGUUGUUCUAGUUGGAAAUUAUAGAGGCGA